UCCGCAUAUACAAAUACAAAAUUUGAAGGCGCCAAAAACUCCUCACACACAAAAUUACGACGUCACUCUGAAAAUGUCAUCUUCAAAACCGAGUUCGAGGAGGAAGAAGAGCAUCGAAUCGACAACUCCAGAAACGGAAUUGAAAGGAGUGAUGAUCGAAGAAGACGGUUUCAAUUUCGGUGCUGGUAAAUUGAAGCAGCGAGCUCAGAAGAAGCAGCGAUCUGCCUUCGAAGAUGAUCUCGAUGCAGAUCUAUCUAGCGAUAUAAAAGGUUUGAUGAACGCCUUACAUCAGAUCAAAGAGAAAGCACAGAAGGACGGGCAGAAGAAAAAGGAGGAGACUAUUUCGAGUGUUGCAUCAGAAAUCAGGUCUAAGUUUGAUGAGUUGAAGUCCAAAGUAGAGAAAGAAAGGCAAAACUUUGCUAAGGCACUAUCAAAGAGCUCCAAAGAGUGUGAGAACUUACUGAAGAAUGAGACUGCCAAGUUUCAAGCAGUUUAUGACAAUUUCUGCAAGGACAAGAACUCACAUCUGCAAGCCCUUAACGAUACCAUUUCAAAAUACGAAGAGGAGAGGGAGAAACUGCUCAUGAAAUACGAACAACACAGAAAGAAAGAAAAGAACAUGAUAACUGAGCAUGAAAAGGCUUGUGCAACCAAAAUUGCUGAACUGGAAGAGUCUCUGAAGAAAAAGAAGCAGGAUGACAAGACAUUCAGCCUUUUAAGGAAAACUCUAGGCUCGUUUCUUGACAAUGCGUCUGAUGAGGACUUCCCGGCUGAUGAUUGAAGCGGAAUCUGAAAACUUAUUAGCUGCAAAUGUUAUCGGUAUAUGUUUUAUAGCGUCAUAAAGUAGUCUUGUUUCCACUUGGUAAGCUUAGUGAAGUUUAAGCCAAAGAGAAUGCAUACCAUGUUAAAUAGUUAUCUACUACUAUCAACUGCUUUCUUAAUGCAGUUAGAGAUAUAAAUCAGAUCACAUUGCUGUUUAAGUAGCAAAUGGUUACUAUUGAUCUUUUCCAACA